GUGGUGGCGAGCAGUUGCUCUUUAGAGUCUCUCCACACCUCAACUUAGCAAAAAAGUUAAAUACACAGAACAAAAGGACUUGGACUACAUCGGCUCACUGCGUGCCCCAGUCCACACCGAAUAGCAUCAUUCCUGGAGAGUCCACCUGAAAAGCAGAGCGAGAAACAGCUUCGUGCAAUUUAUUUGGUCAAUAUUAUUUAUGCAUUUUUCACUCGUAAUAUUACAGGCAACAUAAUACAAUCUGGCCACCAGGUUCUUCGGUGUUACUUCGUUUAAUUGUGUUUUUUUUUUUAAAAAAUAAUUAUUAUUUAAUGGGGAACUUCGGCAUUCUAAAAUUCGUAAUGAGGGCAAAAUAAGAAAAAAGAAGUAUUUUGGUUUUUUUUUCCUCACAAUGGAAGCGUCCAGCGGAUCGAGUUUUGGAAUAGACACUAUUUUGUCAAAUAGUACUGGCUGUGGGAGCCCAGUGCUGAUGAACGGAGAUUUUCGUCUGGGGGACAGCCGGAGCGCGGAUUUCAGGAGCCAGGGCAGCCCGUCACCAUGUUCGGAGAUAGACACUGUGGGAACUGCUCCGUCAUCCCCCAUUUCGGUCACCAUGGAGCACGCCGAAGCCCAUCUGCUCCAAGACAGCCUGCAGCAUCACCACCAACUUCACAAUCAGCAGCAGAGUUUGCAGCUUUCGCCGCAGCAGCAGCUCGGCGCUGCCGGCUCUGCCCCCAGGACAGCCACUUCGUCCUUCCUCAUCAAAGACAUUUUGGGGGACAGCAAACCGCUGGCCACAUGCGCGCCGUACAGCACCAGCGUGUCGUCGCCUCACCACACGCCGAAACUGGAGAACGUCGCGACGGACGGCUUCAGGCCAAAACUGGAGCAAGAUGACAGCAAGAGCAAACUGGACACAAGAGAUGACAUUCACGGCGACAUGAAAUGUAACGGGACGAAAGAGGAGGGCGAUCGAGAGAUUUCGAGCAGCCGAGAAAGUCCCCCGAUCCGCACCAAAAAACCACGAAAAGCACGCACAGCCUUCUCGGACAACCAGCUGAACCAGCUGGAGCGCAGCUUCGAGCGUCAGAAAUACCUCAGCGUGCAGGAUCGGAUGGACUUGGCCGCGGCGCUGAAUCUCACGGACACGCAGGUGAAGACGUGGUACCAGAACCGACGGACGAAGUGGAAGAGACAGACCGCAGUCGGAUUAGAGUUGCUUGCUGAAGCUGGAAAUUAUUCGGCUUUACAAAGAAUGUUUCCGUCGCCGUAUUUUUACCAUCCGAGUUUGUUGGGCACCAUGGACAGCACGACGGCCGCCGCUGCAGCCGCUGCGAUGUACAGCAGUAUGUAUCGGACUGCGCCGGCGCCGCACCCCGGCCUUCAGAGGCCCCUGGUUCCAAGGGUCCUCAUCCACGGUCUUGGGUCAGGGGGCCAACCUGCUUUGAAUCCGCUGGCUAACCCUAUUCCUGGCACGCCGCAUCCUCGGUAAAUCGAUCCAAUAGACACUAAUUCUCGUGUGGAGAGACGAACAGAAGUGAACAAAAACUGCGAAAUGACGACACGGCGACUAUGUUAAAAGAGGAUCAGAAAUGCUAUCUAUACUAUGGUUCAGUUCUCAAAAAA